AUGGCUGCUCUACCUAUGAACCCUAAACCAUUCUUGAAUGGUCUGACUGGCAAACCUGUCUUGGUCAAGCUCAAGUGGGGUAUGGAAUACAAAGGUUACCUGGUCUCUGUUGAUGGCUACAUGAAUCUCCAGCUGGCUAACACAGAAGAGAUCAUUGAGAAUGUGCUCGCAGGAAAUCUGGGAGAAGUACUCAUCAGGUGCAACAAUGUUUUGUACAUCCGUGGUGUUGAGGAAGAAGAUGAGGAGGGUGAGACUAGAGAAUAA